UUAUAUCUUUUGCUGUUGUUAAUACUUUGCAUUCAGGCACAAAAACGAAAAUUUCAAAACAGGGACACAGAAGAUCUUGACAACAGUGAAGUAAUAGAAAACAGGGAAGAUCAAGGAAGUGGAGAAGAUCAAGGAAGUGUGGAAGAUCAAGGAAGUGGAGAAGAUCAAGGAAGUGUAGAAGAUCAAGAAAGUGAAGAUAAACCAAUAAAAAAAAAUAAUCAAAGAAGAAAAAAUAACAGAGGUAGAAAAAGAAAAGGAAAUGGAGAAAAUUCAAACAGAAGAGAAGAUCCAGUGAACAUAGAUGAUAUAGAAUAUGGAGAAGAUCAGGAAAAAGAAGAAGAACAAGCUAGUCAAGAAAACCAAGGUAGCCAAGAAGAUCAAGGAAACCAAAAAGAUCUAGAUGGUGGAGAACCUCUAGAAGGCAUAGAAAGUUUAGAUAAUAAAAAAACAAAAGAUAAUGAAAGAAAAAGAAAUAAAAGAAACAGAGAUAAUCUAGUGGAGUUACCUAAUCUGGAAAAUUCUAGGAAACCAUUCAUUAAAGUGUGUGGGGAGCCUGGGACUAAUAGGGCCGUAUGUUUAACAGGACAAAUUUGCUUUGAGGAGGUAAAGAAAUGUCUAGGUCGAAAGGUGAACUGUGAAAAAGUCGGAAGAGCUUGCUGUGGAGAUAAAGGAACCUUUGGAAGAAAAUGCAAGAAAGUACAGGUGGUCGGUGUGCCCGUGAUAAAGAUGAUACAGCAGAAUGUGUUGGAGGAUCAGAAUACUAUUACGAGGAUGAAGCAGAAUACUAUUCAGAUGAUGAAACAGCAAAUUUUUAUUAUUAUUAUUAAGAUUUAUUUAUUUAUGAGUAUUUGGACAGGUCAAAUAAAAUAAUUAUUAACUA